UGGCAGCAGGAGUGUCAUUUUAAUAGAAUGUCACACAAGGUCACAGACUGAAAGCAUCAGUCACACUCCUGUCACGCUUAAUCCUCCGCGAUGGCUUCAACCACUGCAUCGCAGCCUCAACAAAUCAAUGUUGCUGAUCUCGACGUUCAACAGUUGGCUGACGUGCGCCGCCAGCUAGAAGAGGAGCUGAACCACCUCACGAACUCAUUCGCUCAGUUGAAGCAGGCACAAGCGAAGUUCAAGUCGUGCAUCGAGAAUGUCGGAGAAGUUAAACCUCAAAACAAAGGAACGACUAUCCUCGUUCCUUUGACCAACUCUCUGUAUGUUCCCGGUCAUCUGAGUGAUGCGGAGAAUGUCAUCGUCGACGUUGGUACCGGUUAUUAUGUGAAGAAGUCUCGAGUCCAAGCCACAAAAUAUUAUGAAACGAAGGUGGAAUAUAUUCGCACCAAUCUCGAAACACUACAAGAAACGAUACAGAAGAAGCAGGAGAAUAUGAACUAUCUCAUUAAUGUAAUGCAAACUAAGCUACAGCAGUCUCAGGCACAGCCCUCCAAGGUCUGAACUUUCAUGGCGAGGCAAGAUUAUAUUUGUACACUGUCCUUCCCCACUGAUCUUUCUUCUACAACAGACAGCUCCUAGUUGUAAAAUAAUGAAAGCAUAAUCUUGCCUCUUUAUCA